CCAAUAUUAGCAUAAACCAUUAGUAAAUGUUCCUUUAGAACCCUACAUAAAGGGCUUCAGUGUCCCCCAUUCACCACUGUUGUGCCCCUUAAGGACCCCUCAACAGCCCCACUUUCACCUAGCCGGCCAACUCUCCCCCUCUUUCCACAAACCCCAUUUUUUAGCACCAUUUCCUAGUGUACUCGUGUGCUUUUGAAAAUUUUUAAGAUUAUUCCUCUUGUUCUGUUUUCUGCUCAAAGCUCUUUUAUCUGUCCCUUUCUUUUAGUUUCUGACAUGGCAUCCUCUGGCACUGGCUCCCCUUGUGGUGCAUGCAAGUUUCUGAGACGAAAAUGCGCCUCUGACUGUAUAUUUGCGCCUUAUUUCUGCUCGGAACAAGGCCCUGCAAGGUUUGCAGCCAUCCACAAAGUUUUUGGUGCUAGCAAUGCCUCCAAAUUGUUGUUGCAUAUCCCAGCUCAUGAUCGAUGUGAGGCGGUUGUCACCAUUGCUUAUGAGGCCCAAGCAAGGAUUAGAGACCCGGUCUAUGGUUGUGUUGCUCAUAUUUUCGCCUUGCAGCAACAGGUGGCAUACCUCCAAGGUCAAUUAAUGCAAAUGAAAGCACAACUAGCUCAAAAUGCUAUGAAUUCACAUAACAUGGAGAGUCAAUGGCAAGGCAAUCUUUCUGGUGGUCCUUCCAUUCCAACAUAUCCAAUCUACAUGAAUCCCAUUUCGCCACAAAGCUCACUUGAGUCUGUUGAGCUCAACAGUGCUGAUAACUUGAAUAUGCAAGAAAUACAAAGCAGAGAGGAGUUUUCUAAUUUCCAUGGUUACUCUAGGAAGAGACCAUACAAUAGUGAUUUGGGUGAGCUUCAAGCACUUGCCCUUAGAAUGAUGAGGAACUGAACUAAAAAACCAUCCUUUUGUUUUUGUUUUCUUUUUCAUUUAUGGAGUUAUGAUUCUGGUUCCGUUCUGAUG